CGCGCCCGCCUCCGCCUCCGCGCCCGCCCACACUGGGUCGCUCGCCCGACAGGAAGCCGCCCCUCCCGGGCCCAGAGCUGUCCCCAGCCAAGUGACUCAGCCCAGCUGCUCCCCUCCCUGGGAGCUUCUGGGCUCUCAUGGCCUCACCGACCUCUUCCAACCCUGCACAUGCACACUUUGAGAGCUUCCUGCAAGCCCAGAAAUGCCAGGAUGUGCUGAGCAGCUUUGAGGGACUAUGCAGGGCCCUGAGAGUGGAGCCCGGUGGGGGACUGACCCAGUUCCACAAGAUCAAGGCCCAGCUCAACUACUGGAGCGCCAAGUCUCUGUGGGCCAAGCUAGACAAGAGAGCAGGCCAUCCUGUGUACCAGCAGGGCCGGGCCUGUGCCAACACCAAGUGCCUAGUGGUGGGUGCUGGACCUUGUGGUCUACGGGCUGCUGUAGAGCUGGCAUUCCUGGGGGCCCGUGUGAUAUUGGUAGAAAAGCGCACCAAGUUCUCUCGCCACAAUGUACUCCACCUCUGGCCCUUUACCAUCCAUGACCUUCGGGCACUUGGUGCCAAGAAGUUCUAUGGACGCUUCUGCACAGGCACCCUGGACCACAUCAGCAUCCGGCAGCUUCAGUUGCUGUUGUUGAAGGUGGCUCUGCUGCUAGGGGUGGAAAUUCACUGGGGGGUCACUUUCACUGACUUGAAGCCCCCUCUUGAAAAAGGGAGCGGCUGGCAUGCUGAACUCCAGCCCAAUCCCCCAGCCCAACUGGCCAACUAUGAAUUUGAUGUCCUCAUUUCAGCAGCUGGAGGUAAAUUCGUCCCUAAAGGUUUCACUGUGCGAGAAAUGCGUGGUAAACUGGCGAUUGGCAUCACAGUCAAUUUUGUGAACCACCGCACUGUCGAAGAGACACAGGUGCCUGAGAUCAGCGGUGUGGCCAGGAUCUACAACCAGAGCUUCUUCCAGAGUCUGCUCAAAGGCACAGGCAUUGAUUUGGAGAACAUCGUGUACUAUAAGGACGAUACCCACUACUUCGUGAUGACAGCCAAGAAACAGUGCCUGCUGCGGCUGGGGGUGUUGCGCCAGGACUGGCCAGAGACUGACCGGCUUCUGAGCAGCACCAACGUGGUGCCGGAAGCUCUGCAACACUUUGCCCGAGCUGCUGCUGACUUUGCCACCCAGGGCAAGCUGGGGAAGCUGGAAUUUGCUCAGGAUGCCCACGGGCGGCCUGAUGUCUCUGCCUUUGACUUCACAAGUAUGAUGCGAGCGGAGAGCUCAGCUCGAGUGCAGGAGAAGCAUGGUGCCCGGGUGCUGCUGGGGCUUGUGGGGGACUGCCUGGUAGAGCCCUUCUGGCCCCUGGGCACCGGAGUGGCCCGGGGCUUCUUGGCAGCCUUCGAUGCAGCGUGGAUGGUGAAGCGGUGGGCAGAGGGCGUUGGACCUUUAGAAGUGUUGGCAGAGCGUGAGAGCCUGUAUCAGCUGCUGUCACAGACAUCCCCGGAAAACAUGCACCGCAACCUGGCCCAGUAUGGGCUGGACCCAGCCACCCGCUACCCCAACCUGAAUCUCCGGGCUGUGACCCCUAAUCAGGUACGGGACCUGUAUGACGUAAUGACCAAGGAGCCUGUGUGCAGUCAGAAUGACAAGACAGACUCAGGAAUGCCAGACACGGGGCUGACCAGCACCCAGGAGGAGCUGCUACGCUGGUGCCAGGAGCAGACAGCUGGGUACCCGGGUGUCCAUGUCACCGACCUGUCUUCUUCCUGGGCUGAUGGGCUGGCUCUGUGUGCCCUGGUGCACCGGCUGCGGCCCAGCCUACUGGAGCCAUCAGACCUGCAGGGGAUGGGAGCUCUGGAAGCAACUUCCUGGGCACUGAAGGUGGCAGAGCAUGAGCUGGGUAUCACACCGGUGUUGUCUGCACAGGCCAUAGUGGCAGGGAGUGACCCUCUGGGCCUCAUCGCUUACCUCAGCUACUUCCACAGUGCCUUCAAGAACACACCGCAUAGCCCAGACCCAGUCAGUCAAGUAUCCCCAGGGACCUCCAGUGCUGUGCUGUUCCUUGGCAAACUGCAGAGGACUCUGCAACGCACCCGGACCAAGGAAAACGGGGAGGAUGCUGGUGGCAAGAAGCCUCGCUUGGAGGAAAAGGCUGAAACCCCAAGUACUGAGGAGCCACCUGACCCAGAUCCCAGUGUACCCCUGAAGCCUCCAUCCCUACAGGAGGAGGUGCAGGUUGAUGCUGGAGACCUGUGUGCACUGUGUGGGGAACACCUCUACAUCCUGGAACGCCUGUGCGUCGAUGGCCGCUUCUUCCACCGGAGCUGCUUCUGCUGCCAUGUCUGUGAGGCCACAUUGUGGCCAGGUGGCUACGAGCAGCACCCAGGAGAUGGACAUUUCUACUGCCUCCAGCACCUGCCCCAGCCAGAAAGUGGCAGCAACGAAAGCCCCGAGAGUCAGGAGCUUCCCACACUGGUUGAGAACAAUACACCACCAAGCCCCUCAGGUCCCACGGACCCCCAAGAGGGGGCCAGUCCUGUGCCACAUCCCAGCCAGCCUGCCCGUCGGCUGAUCCGCCUCUCCAGCCCAGAACGCCAUCAGCUAGCCUCCCUCAACCUUACUCCUGAUCCAGAAAUGGAGCCUCCACCCAAGCCUCCUCGAAGCCUCGAAGCUGAGGCCAAGCAGGCCCUGGAGGGCAGCUUUGCGGGUUGGGGAAUACCAAUGCAGACACCUCAAGAUCUCAAGACUAUGGAGAUAGAAGAAGAGAGUCCCUCCUCCAGUGAAGAAGAGGAAGAAGAGGAUGAGGAGGAGAAAAGGCAUGGGCCUAUUGUGGACUUAGUCAUGCAGCAGACCCUGCUAACCUUCACCAAGAAUACAAGCGACAUGAACAACUACCCAACAUGGAAUCGAACCCUGAUGCGCCGUGCUAAGGAGGAGAUGAUGAAGCGGUUCUGCAAGGCCCAGGCCAUCCAGCGGCGACAAAAUGAGAUUAUUGCUGCUUUGCGGGAGCUGGAGGCUGAGGGUGCAAAAGUGGAGCUGGCCUUGAGGCGCCAAAGCAGUUCUCCAAACCAGCAAAAUAAUCCACAGUUAGAACAGUGGCUGCAGUUUGUUGACAAGAGAAACAACCUGUUGAAUGAGGAGGCUGAGCUCAUGAUCAUGGCAAAGGAGCUGAACCUGGAGGACAAACAGUUGCACCUGGACCAGAAGCUGCGAGGCUACAUGAACCAGGAUGACAGCACAAAAACAGAAGCUGAUCGAGAGAAAGAGAAAAAGACCCUUCUGAAACUGGUGGACGUGGUGAAUGAACGAGAUGCCCUCAUCCGCUUACAGGAGGAACGCAGGCUCAGCCAGCUGCCCUUGGGCUCAAGGCCCCCGGCCCAGCAGAAGGACUGCUGAUCUUCUCUCCUAUAAGACCACCUCGACCUCGGAAAGUAGCGUUCCUGCUCCUUUCUGAGCAGGCUUCCGGGGAGCCCACUUUUAUAAUAAAAA